UUUCCGCAUUGAGGGGCCCACUCCGAAUGGAGGGGGAGGGGAAGUGUUUGGGAGAAAGUGGGGGAUUUGGGUGUCGGGAGCCCGCAGACUGGUGGGCAGCGGGGUUCCGCAGCUGGGUUGCGACUGCUGCCGGAGGCCCCAAGGUGUGCAUGUGUGAGGGAAGAGGGGGAGAGAGGUGACAUUUCCUCAGCCUGCGAACCUUCUUCCCGGCGCACCAUAAACGCCCCCAAUUUCCCAGCUGCUAAAGGAAGAGAGGAAGAUCUUAGCAAAGCAAUGUCUCAAGAUGGCGCUUCUCAGUUCCAAGAAGUCAUUCGGCAAGAGCUAGAAUUAUCUGUGAAGAAGGAAUUAGAAAAAAUACUUACCACAGCAUCCUCACAUGAGUUUGAGCACACUAAAAAAGAUCUUGAAGGAUUUCGGAAGCUAUUUCAUAGAUUUUUGCAAGAAAAGGGACCAUCUGUGGAUUGGGGGAAAAUCCAGAGGCCUCCAGAAGAUUCGAUUCAACCUUAUGAAAAGAUAAAGGCCAGAGGCUUGCCUGAUAAUGUAUCUUCUGUGCUGAACAAGCUGGUGGUGGUGAAACUCAAUGGUGGUUUGGGAACCAGCAUGGGCUGCAAAGGCCCCAAAAGUCUGAUUGGUGUGAGGAAUGAGAAUACGUUUUUGGAUCUGACUGUUCAGCAAAUUGAACAUUUGAACAAAACCUACAAUACAGAUGUUCCUCUUGUUUUAAUGAACUCUUUUAACACGGAUGAAGAUACAAAAAAAAUACUGCAGAAAUAUAAUCACUGUCGUGUGAAAAUCUACACUUUCAAUCAAAGCAGGUACCCAAGGAUUAAUAAAGAAUCCUUACUUCCUGUAGCAAAGGAUGUAUCUUACUCAGGGGAAAAUACAGAAGCUUGGUACCCUCCAGGUCAUGGUGAUAUCUAUGCCAGUUUCUACAACUCUGGUUUGCUCGAUACCUUUAUAGGAGAAGGAAAAGAGUAUAUUUUUGUAUCUAACAUAGAUAAUCUGGGUGCCACAGUGGAUCUUUAUAUUCUUAAUCAUCUAAUGAACCCACCUAAUGGGAAACGCUGUGAAUUUGUCAUGGAAGUCACAAAUAAAACUCGUGCAGAUGUGAAGGGUGGGACACUCACUCAGUAUGAAGGCAAACUGAGACUGGUGGAAAUCGCUCAAGUGCCAAAAGCACAUGUUGAUGAGUUCAAGUCUGUAUCAAAAUUUAAAAUAUUUAACACAAACAACCUAUGGAUUUCUCUUGCAGCAGUUAAAAGACUGCAGGAACAGAAUGCCAUUGACAUGGAAAUCAUUGUGAAUCCAAAGACCUUGGAUGGAGGCCUGAAUGUCAUUCAGUUAGAAACUGCAGUUGGAGCUGCAAUUAAAAGUUUUGAGAAUUCUUUAGGUAUCAAUGUUCCCAGGAGCCGUUUUCUGCCUGUUAAGACCACAUCAGACCUCUUGCUUGUGAUGUCAAACCUCUAUAGCCUUAAUGCAGGAUCUUUGACCAUGAGUGAAAAGCGGGAAUUUCCUACCGUGCCCUUGGUUAAAUUAGGCAGUUCUUUUACAAAGGUUCAAGAUUAUCUAAGAAGAUUUGAAAGCAUACCAGAUAUGCUUGAGUUAGAUCACCUCACAGUUUCAGGAGAUGUGACAUUUGGCAAAAAUGUUUCAUUAAAGGGAACAGUUAUCAUCAUUGCAAAUCAUGGUGACAGAAUUGACAUCCCACCUGGAGCAGUAUUAGAAAACAAGAUUGUAUCUGGAAACCUUCGCAUCUUGGACCACUGAAAGGAAAAGGAAAAAUACUGUGUAUACUUUAUACUUAUUUUGGGCUAAAUAAUUUCUUACAAUGACAUGUCCUUUAGGAUUCUAAAAUAGGCAGGUACUUUACUAUGUUACUGCAUCCUGCAGGAUUGAUUUUUAAAGUAGUGUUUUCUGCAGUAUGCUUUUAGACUAAGGAAAGCACAGAUGGAGCAAUAUUUUCCUUCUUUGAUGAGGAUGCUGAAAGUUAAUUCAUCUUAAAGUGCAAUAUUAUUUAAUCCUGAAACUUGGUCAGCUCUGCUGGAGAUCUUUUAGCCUCAGUGAUGGUCAUUUUGAAUUGCCUGUGAUUUCAAAAAUAAAGCAGUGAAGCAAUACAUGUGUA